AUGUCUAUGGAUUCGAACUUAAAUAUAGAAGCGAAGCUGCAGAGUUCAUUCAGGAAAUGGCUGAACGGUUUAAUCAUAACAUUCCACAACACAGAGGACAUCCGGCAAAGCUGCAUUCGCUUCAACAAGAGGACAAUUGCUUGGUUGCAUUUAUCUGGCUUGUGA